AUGAACACAAUGGAUCUGGCUACAACACCAGGAAUGCAACCGCCUGCCGGUCAGACGUCGCAUUUCCACUCACCAUAUAACUCGCUGCAAAUAGGGACGGUCAUUUCCUUCGGCGUCAGCUUCCUUGUCGCAACAAUUUUCCUUGGUCUUCGCUACUUCCAGGCCAUCAAAUUGAUCAAAUCCAUCGAGUUAGACUUGGUCACAAUCACGAUUUCCUAUGGCCUCUCUGUGGUGUAUUUCGUGACCAUGGUUAAAUUAAUGAACCAUGGCUGGGGAAAGCACAUGUGGGAUGUCUCUUUAGCGGAUCUCCUAGAGUUUAACAAGGCCUUGCUUCCUAAUACAUUGACCUAUUUGGUAUGCCCGGCCAUUACGAAGAUGGCCAUCCUGGCUGUCUUAAUCCGAAUCAAUCCCUCGCUCGUCUAUCGCUACUUUGUGAUAUCUGUCGGCGUGGCAAUUUUUGCCUACACUUUGACUUUAUGCGCCAUCACAGGAGGGCCAUGUAACCCUCUCAAGACAGGAACCACAAAAUGUCUGGAGAAUGUUGCCCUGGCCCAGGCGGUCCUGAAUAUCGCAUCAGAUCUGGCCGUCAUAAUCCUGCCGCUUCCCACAGUUCACACACUGCAUUUCUCGCAGAAGCAGAAAGUCACGGUCGGCUGCCUUCUGGCGCUGGGAUCCGGCGUCAUCGUUUGUUCGAUUGCCCGCCUACCCUAUGUCCUUGUUCUUGAUAAGACUGACGAUGUGACCUAUACGGAGGCCAUAUUAGGGGUGUGGUCCAUCGUCGAGGUCAAUCUCGGUAUUGUCUGCGCCUGUGCAAUGCGCCUCAAGCGAUUGAUCACGACAUACCUGCCGCGACUGUCGCUGUUCUCAUCAAACCCAUACAGUGCUGGGAAGACAACAUACGAGUCGGGCUUAAACCGAUUUCAGCCGGUGGACAGAGGCCAGCAUUCAUACCAGCUUCAUAGCAUCCAGAAUGGCAGCGCCAAUCCAUUAUUUGACAGCAAAGACAUCUCUGUUCACCAAUCAUUCAAGGUGGAUAUAGAGAGUACCGACCGAUAG